UAUCAGAUAAAUAGAGAAAAACAACUAAUGUAAUAUUUAAAGAAAAAUGAAGGUUGUAGUACACAUAACUUGUUGGAUAAAACAACACGUGAUUCUCCAGAUAAUUUUCAUUAAAGAACUGACUGAGAUGGACAUUGAUCUGUGAAGUGCUAAAUGGCAGUGGGGCAUGUUAACCUAACCUACGGGUGUAUGUGGCCACCUCAGAACUAGUGAUAACCAACUCAACAGGCUUUAUUAUGAGCACAUACUGAUCUCAACUUAUGAAACAUUAGUUAAUGAUAUAUUUUGUUACGAUUGUUUUUGUCGAUAGAGCACUUCUUUAAAAGGUGGACUGGGACUGUUGUUCCUCACAUCACACUGGCCAUGAGAGCAGUAGUACUUGCACUGACUCUAGCCCUUGUGGCGAGUCAAUCUGUUAACUUUGCCCCUGAUUUUGAAGCCAGUAAGACCUAUGUGUACAAGUAUGAGGCACUGCUCCUGGGUGGUCUGCCUGAGGAGGGUCUGGCUAGAGCUGGAGUAAAAGUAAUCAGCAAAGUUCUUAUCAGUGCAGUUGCAGAGAAUACCUACUUGCUGAAGCUUGUGAACCCUGAGAUCUUUGAGUACAGUGGUGUGUGGCCCAACGAUCCUUUUGUCCCAGCUGCAAAACUCACUUCAGCCCUGGCUGCUCAGUUCUCGAUUCCCAUCAAGUUUGAGUAUGCCAAGGGUGUUGUGGGUAAGGUAUUUGCCCCCACUGCUGUCUCUGAAACAGUGCUGAAUGUCCAUAGAGGUAUCCUGAACAUUCUUCAGCUCAACAUCAAGAAGACACAAAACGUCUAUGAGUUGCAGGAGGCUGGAGCUCAGGGAGUGUGCAAGACCCACUAUGUGAUCAGGGAAGAUGCCAAGGCAGAGCACAUCCAUUUGACCAAGAGCAAGGAUCUCAAUAACUGCCAGCAGAGAAUCAUGAAGGACUUUGGUCUGGCUUACACAGAGAAGUGUGUAGAGUGCCGGCAGAGAGGGGAGGCCCUGAUGGGAGCUGCCACUUACAAAUACCUCAUGAAGCCCGCUGACAAUGGUGCUCUGAUCUUGGAGGCCACUGUUACUGAGCUCCAUCAGUUCACACCAUUCAAUGAGAUGUCAGGAGCUGCCCAAAUGGAAGCAAAACAAAUGUUGACUUUCGUUGAGAUCAAGAAGGCUCCAAUUAUUGUCCCCGAUAAUAACUAUGUUCACCGUGGAUCCAUCCGGUAUGAGUUUGCCACUGAGAUUCUCCAGAUGCCCAUUCAGCUCCUUAAGAUCAGCAACGCACGUGCUCAGGCUGUGAAGAUCCUGAAUCAUCUGGUCACAUACAACACGGCACAGGUCCAUGAAGAUGCUCCUCUUAAGUUUCUGCAGUUUAUUCAGCUCCUGCGCAUGGCAAGCUCUGAGACUAUUAAUGCCAUCUGGGCUGAGUUCAAGGCCAAACCAGCUUACAGACACUGGAUCCUGGAUGCUGUCCCCUCUAUCGGAAGUUCAGUGGCUGUGAGAUUCAUCAAGGAGAAGUUUUUGGCUGGUGACAUCACUAUUUUUGAGGCUGCUCAGGCUCUGGUUGCCGCUGUGCAUAUGGUGUCUGCUGAUCUGGAGACUGUCAAGCUUGUUGAAAGCCUGGCUUUCAACCACAAGAUUCAGACACACCCAGUUCUACGUGAGAUCGCCAUGCUUGGUUAUGGUACCAUGGUUUCCAAAUACUGUGUUCAAUAUCCCAACUGCCCCGCUGAACUUGUGAAGCCCAUCCACGAACUUGCUGUUCAGGCUGUUGCUAAUAGCAAAUUUGAGGAACUCUCCAUGGUUCUUAAAGCUCUGGGUAAUGCUGGCCAUCCUGCUAGCAUUAAACCAAUCACAAAGCUCCUGCCCGUGUUUGGAACUGCAGCUGCUGCUCUGCCCCUGAGAGUCCAGGCUGAUGCAGUCUUGGCCCUGAGGAACAUUGCUAAGAGGGAGCCUAGAAUGGUCCAGGAAGUUGCUGUGCAGUUGUUCAUGGACAAGGCUCUCCACCCAGAGCUCCGCAUGCUUGCCUGCAUUGUUCUGUUUGAGACAAAGCCCCCAAUGGGCCUGGUGAUUAUUUUAGCUAGCAUUCUGAAAACAGAGAAAAAUCUGCAGGUGGCUAGCUUCACCUACUCUCACAUGAAGUCCCUGACCAGGAGCACCGCCCCUGACUUUGCCUCAGUUGCUGCUGCCUGCAAUGUUGCUGUCAAGAUGCUCAGCACCAAAUUUAGAAGAUUGAGCUGCCACUUCAGUCAAGCCAUCCACCUGGAUGCCUAUUCCAAUCCCAUGAGGAUUGGUGCUGCUGCCAGUGCUUUCUACAUCAACGAUGCUGCCACCCUUUUCCCCAGAACUGUCGUGGCCAAAGCUCGCACCUACUUUGCUGGAGCAGCUGCUGAUGUUCUUGAGGUUGGAGUGAGAACUGAGGGAAUCCAGGAGGCUCUUCUGAAAUUACCCCCAGCUCCUGAAAAUGCUGACAGGAUCACCAAGAUGAGGCGUGUCAUUAAGGCUCUGUCUGACUGGAGGUCCCUAGACACAAGAAAGCCCCUAGCCUCCAUAUAUGUGAAGUUCUUUGGACAGGAAAUUGCCUUUGCCAACAUUGACAAGUCCAUCAUCGAUCAGGCACUUCAGCUUGCCAACAGUCCUUCUGCACACGCUUUGGGAAAAAAUGCCUUGAAGGCACUGUUGGCUGGAGCAACUUUCCAGUAUGUUAAGCCCCUGCUGGCUGCAGAGGUGCGUCGCAUCUUCCCCACCGCUGUUGGUUUGCCCAUGGAGCUCAGUUACUACGCUGCUGCUGUCGCUAAAGCAUACGUCAAUGUCCGUGCCACUCUGACACCUGCUCUGCCUGAAACCUUCCAUGCUGCCCAGCUAUUGAAAACAAACAUUGAGCUACACGCCGAAGUUAGACCAAGCAUUGUCAUGCAUACAUUUGCUGUGAUGGGAGUGAACACUGCAUUCAUCCAGGCUGCUAUUAUGGCAAGAACUAAGGUCCGCACAAUUGUCCCUGCAAAAUUUGCAGCACAGCUUGACAUCGCUAAUGGCAACUUCAAGUUUGAAGCUUUCCCUGUUUCCGCUCCAGAGCAUAUUGCUGUCGCACACAUUGAGACCUUUGCUGUCGCAAGAAAUGUGGAGGAUGUCCCAGUCGAGAGAAUAACUCCCUUGAUUCCUGCCCAAGGAGUAGCAAGAAGUGCACAGCAGUCCAGGGAUAAGUUCACAUCUAUGAUUGCAGCCUCUGCUGCCUCUUUUGCUGGAAGUUUGUCAAGAUCUUCCGAGAUCCUCUAUUCUGAUUUGCCAUCCAACUUCAAGCCCAUCAUUAAGGCAAUUGUAGUCGAUCUUGAGGAGACAAUCUGUGUCGAAAGGCUUGGAGUCAAAGCAUGCUUUGAAUUUGCCUCAGAGAGUGCUGCCUUCAUCAGAAACACUCUUUUCUACAACAUAAUUGGAAAGCAUUCAGUCCUUAUUUCUGUGAAACAAUCAGCAUCUGAACCUGCCAUCGAGAGGCUGGAGUUUGAAGUGCAAGUUGGACCCAAGGCUGCAGAAAAGAUUAUCAAAGUCAUCACCAUGAACGAAGAGGAGGAAGCUCCCGAGGGAAAAACUGUACUGUUGAAGCUCAAGAAAAUUCUGGUGCCUGAUCUGAAGAACGGCACCAGAGAUUCCUCUAGUUCCAGCAGCUCUAGUUCCAGCAGCUCUCGCUCUAGUAUAUCCAACAAAUCAGAGAGCAGCAGCUCUUCCAGCUCCUCCAGCUCCCGCAUCUCCGAGCCUGACGACCCCGACCAGCCUUACGACCGCAAAUUCAAAAAGAAUCACAAGGACUCUCAAGCCACCUCCAAGGUCAUCUCCAGAAGCAAGAGCAGUGCCUCUAGCUUCCAUGCCAUCUACAAGCAGGACAAAUUCCUUGGCAAUAAACUUGCCCCUAAGGUGAUCAUCCUCUUCCGUUUAGUGAGAGCUGGCCAUAAGAUAGAGGGAUACCAGGUUACUGCUUACUUGAACAAAGCUACUUUCAGACUGCAGAUCAUUAUGGCUGCCCUUGAUGAGGACGACAACUGGAAACUGUGUGCUGAUGGUGUUCUGCUCAGCAAACACAAAGUCACUGCCAAGAUUGCUUGGGGGGCAGAGUGCAAGGAUUAUAACACCUUCAUCACUGCUGAGACUGGUCUUGUUGGUCCAAGCCCUGCAGUUCGUCUGAGGUUGUCUUGGGACAAACUCCCCAAGGUUCCCAAGGCUGUUUGGCGCUAUGUUAGGAUCGUGUCUGAAUUCAUCCCUGGGUACAUCCCAUAUUACCUGGCUGACUUGGUUCCAAUGCAAAAAGACAAGAAUAGUGAGAAACAGAUUCAAUGCACUGUGGUUGCAACAUCUGAAAGGACCCUGGAUGUCAUUCUGAAAACACCCAAGAUGACACUUUAUAAACGGGGUGUGAACCUCCCCUGUUCUCUGCCCAUUGAGUCUAUGACUGAUCUUUCUCCCUUUGAUGACAACAUUGUUAACAAAAUCCACUACUUGUUUUCUGAAGUCAACGCAGUUAAAUGUAGCAUGGUCAGAGACACAUUGACAACAUUUAACAACAGGAAGUACAAGAUCAAGAUGCCUCUCUCCUGCUACCAAGUUUUGGCUCAGGAUUGCACCAUAGAGCUCAAAUUCAUGGUUCUGCUGAAGAAGGAUCACGCAUCUGAAAACCACAUCAAUGUGAAAAUCUCUGACAUUGAUGUUGACCUGUACCCUGAGGACAAUGAUGUGAUAGUGAAGGUCAAUGGAAUGGAAAUUUCCAAAGCCAACCUCCCAUACGAGGACCCCUCAGGUUCUAUCAAGAUCGGUCUGAAGGGUGAAGGUGUGUCUCUCUAUGCCCCAAGCCAUGGUCUCCAAGAAGUCUACUUUGAUAGGAACACAUGGAAGAUUAAAGUCGUGGACUGGAUGAAGGGACAGACCUGUGGACUCUGUGGAAAGGCUGAUGGCGAAGACAGACAGGAGUACCGUACACCCAGUGGCCGCCUGACCAAGAGCUCAGUCAGCUUUGCCCAUUCCUGGGUGCUUCCUUCUGAUAGCUGCCGUGAUGCGUCUGAAUGUCUCAUGAAGCUCGAGUCUGUGAAGCUGGAGAAGCAGGUGAUUGUUGAUGACAGGGAGUCCAAAUGCUACUCUGUUGAGCCUGUGCUGCGCUGUCUGCCUGGAUGCCUCCCAGUGAGGACCACCCCCAUCACCAUCGGUUUCCACUGCCUGCCCGUCGAUUCCAACCUGAACCGCUCUGAAGGUCUGAGCAGCAUCUAUGAGAAGAGUGUGGACCUGAUGGAGAAGGCAGAAGCCCAUGUGGCCUGUCGCUGCUCUGAGCAGUGCAUUUAGUGCUCUGGUGGAGCAGAUACUGUAACUUUUAUAACAGAAAAUAUGUAAUUUUACAUCACUGAGAUGUAACCUACAACAUUAUUGACCACUCAAAUUGUAAUAAAUCCAACUGUGCAUUCAAA